ACACGUAUGCUGAAGUAACUUGUCGUAGUUCUCUUGGCUAAUAUUAUUGUCGACAAAUAUCACAUAUGAGCAAAUUUCGUUUUAUUCAAUCACCACACAUGCUUGGAAAAGCUCUUAAUCAGCUAGCAUCGCAUUUUACAAUCGAUCUUUGACAGCGAUCGACAUUGUUUUGUUCUGGAAUUUUUUCGUCAUCCAGCACAAAGAGACACACAGUGAGAGCACUAUGGGCGUAGUAUUUCUAGAGGCAAUGGGUGACCCUUCGAGACAAUACGACUGUAAAAAUUGUAAGGCUUAUCUAACCAACGAAUUACAAUUAAAAAGCACUCAAUUUCAAAGUGGCAAUGGCCAAGCCUUUCUCUUUGACAAAGUGGUCAAUAUCAAACCUGGCAAAUCAGAACGGAGAAACAUGAUGACUGGUUAUCAUUACGUGCGUGACGUACACUGUAAAAAUUGCGAUGAAAAAUUAGGCUGGAUGUACGAAUUUGCUUAUCGGAAAAGUCAGCAAUAUAAAGAGGGCAAAAUUAUUUUGGAAACAGCUCAGUUACGCCAAUCGGGAUAAAGUCAAGAUAUGCACGAUCACCAAUGCGAUAAAGACUCAUCGAUAUAUGCAAGCAGUUCUGUUACUUCAUAUUUUUGUUCUUAAACAUUUUGUGGGUAAACAUAUCUUAUCAUGUGAAUAAUUAAUUAGUGUGCAAGUCCUUAAACGAAAUAGAUGUUGAGUUUGUUGGUGUAGAAUAAGACGACUUUAUAUACAUACAUACAUGUGUAUGUGUGAGUGUGUUAUAUUCAAAUAUCAUUCCGAAUAAUAUCUGUUGUCAUAUAUAUACUGAACCAAAUGAAAUAUAAAUAUCUUUUAUGUAA